UAAUUUUCUACCGGUAGCCAGACUUCCGUGCGGCGGUGAUGCGGAGCUAGAUCCUCGGAGACAAUGGAGGCUGAGAGCGCCGCCGGCUCCAGCAGCAUGUCUAAAGCCGAGAUACUGAGAGGGGUCGUGGCGGAGAAACUCACCACCGCCGCGCUGGAGAUCUUAGCGGUCGUGGAGAGAACCGUGGCCGGGUACGAGGAGGAGGCGUCGGGGCUGAGGCAGGAGAUCGACCGGCAGAGCCGGCAGCUGGAGCUGCUGCUGCAGCCGCGGGUCAAACUGGAGAGAAUAGAUGAUGAGUUUCCUGUCUGUGAGCCGACAGCUGGAGGAGAAACUGAAGAGGAAGAGCAGCACAAACCUGAGCCCAUUGCAGACGUGGGGGACGGUGAGAGUCUCUGGCCUGUUUGCUUCUCCGAGCCACCGAUGGAGGAAGAAGACAAGGAGGAUCAGGAGAGUCUGACAGAACCAGAUUAUGAAGCAGCAUCAAGGUUACUGACUCCCACAGUUCAGUCUGUGGGGAAGAAACACGGCAUGCCUCGGAUUCGUCAGUCACAGGACCACAUCGACUUCAGGAUGCGCAUCCUGGAGGACUCUCAGAUCAAAGUGCUGUCAGUGGAAGUGUAUAAGAAGUACCCGGUGCGGGAGCUGAGGUGUCCUCGUGACCUGCAGGAGCCGGACUUCCUGGACCUGCUGAGGUCCACCUUCCCUCAGCUGGCCGCUCAGAAACCUUUUGACGUGUUGACGUCUGACAGAUCGAAGAGACUCCACCCGCUCAGACUGGAGACUCUGACGCCGGAGGAGAUCUACCGGAGCGUCAGGUCCACGGGGCACUCAGCCCUCUACAUCCAGCUGAAGACGCAGGAGGAGCUGAAGUCCACUCAUGAAGAGUUGAAUCCGUCACAGAGAAACGAUGCUGCAGCUCGUUCUCCGUCCAGUCCUGAUCGGACCAGGAUAUCGUCACCCAGAGUUCAGCCUGACAGGAGAAAACCUGGCAGAACUCGGGUCAGUGAACCACAGAAUCCAGUACGUCUCAGGGUCCGAAUCCUGGAGGACUCUCAGGUUGACGUGCUCACACCAUAUGCGUUGCAGAAGUUUCCCCCCCGGGAGCUGAGGUGUCCUCCUGGCCUGCUGGAACCGGACUUCCUGGAUCUGCUGAGGUCCACCUUCCCUCAGCUGGCUGCUCAGAAACCUUUCGACUUCUUCACCAUCGACCAAACGAUGACACUUCGGCCGCUCAGAGCAGAGACGUGGACGCCAGAGGAGAUCCACAGGACAGCUGGACGUUCAGGUGUUUACAUCCGACUGAAGCGUCCUGGCGAAGAUUCUCUGCAGAGACGAGAAGAUGCUUCAGGUUCUCCGUCCUCGGAUCAGCUCCGACCGAACACCAGAGUCGAGCCUGACGGGACGAAGCCCGGCAGCCCUCAGAUCACCGACCCGCAAAACCACGUAGAUCUCAGGAUCUGCAUCCUGGAGGACUCUCAGAUCGAUGUGUUGUCACCCAGUGUAUAUAAGAAGUACCCGGUGCUGGAGCUGCAGGUCCGUCACGGCCUGCAGGAAGCAGACUUCCUGGACCUGCUGAGGUCCACCUUCCCUCAGCUGGCUGCUCAGAAACCUUUCGACCUCUUCACAUCCGACAGAUCGAAGAGACUCCACCCGCUCAGAGUGGAGACGCUGACGCCAGAGGAGAUCUACCGGAGCGUCAGGCUGAACGGAGCAGGAAACUCCGCCCUCUACAUCCGACUGAAGGCUGAAGAUGAAGUCUGGGAGGAGGAGCUUCAUCCUGCUGAUGCUGUUGACGACUCUUCAUCCGCUUCUGAUCAAACCUGGUUGAACAUGAGCUCCAGGUCACAACAUGAAGACAUGGAGUCAGAGAACAAAAAAGAUGACGGAUCGAAGUCGGCCGUCGGCCGCCUCUGGUCUCUGCUGGUUCUGUCUGAGGGCAACGGGGACGGAGCUCCGGUGAGUGAUGACGACUGGAAACUAGACAAAAGUGAGAAUCAUGUGAGGGACAAAGAACCAAAGAAGACGACGAGGAGGAAGAAGAGGAAAGUACGGAUCAAACCAAAGGGAUGGGGGCGACGGAGGCAACAGAGGCAGCCGACCGAUUCUGAUCCUCUGUCCUGUAAAGUCUGCCAGGCUCUGCGCAGGUCGACCAACAUGUUGAUCCGACACGCCUGGAGCCACGUGGACGAACCGGAGAGGCUGUGUGGAGUGUGUGGAGAGCGUCCAGACUCUGUGGACGAGCUGAGGAAUCAUCUCCAGGGUCAUCAGAAAACACACUGCUGCGACAUCUGCGGAAAGUCUUUCCUGACCGUCGUCGGCCUCAACGGACACGUCGCCCACCACAACGGACAGAAACCGCACAAGUGUCAGAUUUGCCACAAAGCGUUUGUUCACGCGUGGGUGCUGAAGAGUCACAUGCGGAGGCAUCCGGCAGAUAAGCUGCUCAAAUGUGAUCUUUGCCCCCAGUCGUACGAUUCGGAGGCCAAGUACUUAAGACACAAGUUGAUCCACAAAGGUGAGAAGCCGUGCCGCUGCUACACGUGUGGCAAAACCUUCGCCAGCCUGGAGAUGUUGUCCAAACACCUGUCGACGCACGCGGCGGACACGACCAGCGGCGCGGCGCUCACCUGUCAAAUCUGCAGCAAGACAUUUAAAGCAAAGCACGCGUUAAAGGUCCACAUGAGGGUCCACACUGGGGAGAAACCCUUCAGCUGCCCGAUCUGCCGCCGCGCCUUCAGUUACAAACACUGUAUGAGGAGACACAUGAAGAUGCACAACGACACGCUCGAGGACGGAGAGACUGAAGCUCAGAUUCUGUCCGACAGACUAAAAGCCACCAAGAGUGUUAAACACGUGCGGUGAUUUCAGACAGUCCUGUUCUCUGUUUGCACAAAGUGUUUUGUUGUUAGUUGUGUUGAAUGUGUCGCAGUUUGGUUGAAGGAUAGAAACUCGCUGAAACGACCGAGACGACGAGGUGCCUGAAGAGAUUCAGUCACUGACGGUUAUCUUUUGGUCUUUUUGUGGGAAUUAGAAACUCGACUUUUAGUGUUUGUGUUCUAAAUGUUUGUCUUCAGACGUUCUCGUGACUCGUCCAGCUCACUUUAAAUGAUUUAUUUUUAUUGUAGGAAAAACACACAACAUCAAACUUUGGUUUGAAUUUUACGUGAAGGUUUUCUAAACUCAGAAUUUAGACAUAGUUCCUCUUUUUUAUUUUAAGCUUAAUUAUUUUACAUUCAAUUGAAAUAUUUAACUGAAAACUGUCAGAUAGUUUUGCUUUUUACACAUUUUUUCAUUGAAUCUGGGACUUUGACAGUAAGACAUUUGUGAAUAUUGUUUUAAAUACAGCACUGCUUCUAUUGUU